UGCCCCAAAGUAAAUAACGGUAUGUUAAGAUCACAAUAAUGAGAUCCAAUAAUAACCAAUAAUAGUAAUAUCAUAAUGCAGUAAUGUUGUGUAUUGGUUGGUCUCUAUAUUUUCAGAGAGACGGUGUAGAGCUUGUCAGAAGGGUUGGGAACUCAUCAUGUCUAGCUGCUAUCUGAUUAAUGAUCCUUCUGAAGAGAAAACCUGGGAAGAAGCUCGAGAAGACUGCAGAGGACGGAGUUCAGAUUUGGUUGUUGUACAGAGUCAAAGUGAACAGAAUGUGCUCAGUUUUUACAGCGGGUACUGGAUUGGCCUGAGAGCUGAAGGAGGGAGAUGGAAGUGGAUCAAUGGAAGUGAUCUGACUGAAAGUGUCAGCGGUUGGAUACAUGAACCACCAUCUGCUGCUGACGGUCAGUGUGUAGUUUAUGACAUGUUCAAAUGGAGAUACGGAUGGAGAUCAGAGAGCUGUGCUGAGAGAAGGCGAUGGAUCUGCAAAAAUAAGGCCUUAUCUGUUUAAACACUGCAG